AUGGUUUUAUGCGGAGGUCCUCCGAAAUCGGUUCAGCGUAAGAUCGUUAUACUUGGAGAUGGUGCGUGCGGUAAAACCUCGUUAUUGAACGUCUUUACUAGAGGCUACUUCCCUCACGUGUACGAACCAACGGUGUUUGAAAACUACAUCCACGAUAUUUUCAUCGACGGUCAACAAGUUCAACUUUCUCUAUGGGAUACUGCAGGACAAGAGGAGUUUGAUAAGUUAAGGUCACUUUCCUACAAUGAUACAGAUUGUGUGAUUCUCUGUUUCUCGGUGGAUACGCGAGAUUCACUAGAGAACGUUAAGAAUAAAUGGGUUGGAGAAGUGUUGGAGCACUGUGAAGGGGUGAAGAUGGUUCUUGUGGCAUUAAAAGCAGAUCUCAGGCAAUCAGAAGAGGAAGAGAGCGCGAAUUCACAAGUACAACAGUUUGGAACCAGCGCGUAUAAUAGUGAUGGUCAGUUGAAGAAGUUAGUGACGUAUGAGCAAGGUUUGGCCGUGGCCAAACAAAUUGGCGCUGUUCGUUACUUAGAGUGUUCGGCCAUGAAGAAGCGUGGAGUCAAUGAGGUGUUUACGGAAGCUGCUAGAAUAGCCAUUGCUUCAAAGCCAAAGAAUGCUGCUCAAGAGGAGUCCUCUUCUCACGAUUGUAUUAUACUGUGA